GUGACGUCGAGCGCGUGACGCAAUCCUUACCGCGCGCGCUGCACUCUUACAGUGCCGCUGUUGUUCCGCUGUUACCGCUCUGUUCUUGGGAUUUGGCUGAGCGUUCUAAACCAUGCUCCCUCUCUCUAAACUACUACAGAUCCCACAAUGCAACGGGAGGCAGCCGGCCUGAGCAGUUAAAAGUGGAAGGCCAGCGCUAAUAAGAGUCAUAGCAGAGCUAUUCUUUCUUUUUCUUCCCUCCCUCCUCGCCUUUUGAUUGGACCUCUGCGAUUGGAGGGAGGCGGGGCCUAGCCGUGAUUGACAAGGGAAAAGGGUUGUGUAGCUGUGGCGCGAGGCUAAAGCGAAGCAGCAAGGAUUGUGAGCCAUGUCAGACUGGGUAUCUUACUACAAAAAUGAAGAAGGGGAGGAAGGGGAGGAACAAGAUGAAGAAGUUGAAACAAUUGGAGAAUAUAAAUAUUCAGGACGAGAUGCUUUGGUUUUCUUAGUGGAUGCCUCAAGAGCCAUGUUUGAUUCCUAUGAUAAUGAUGAUUUGGCUCCUUUUGAUAUGACAAUCCAGUGCAUCCAGAAUGUAUACACAAACAAGAUCAUCAGCCAUGACAGGGACCUUGUUGGUGUUGUGUUUUAUGGUACAGAGCAACACAAAAAUUCAGUGGAUUUUAAGCAUGUUUAUGUUCUUCAGGAUUUGGACAAUCCAGGGGCAAAACGUGUGUUAGAAUUGGCCAAGUACAAAGGAGCACAGGGAAAGGCACUCUUCAGCAGAUCAUUUGGCCACAGUACCGAUUACUCAUUAGGUGAGGCACUUUGGGUUUGCUCCAAUCUCUUCAGUGAUGUCCGCCUCAAGAUGAGCCACAAGAGGAUAAUGCUGUUCACCAACGAAGAUAACCCUCAUGAUCAAGACAACACUAAAGCAAGAUUUGCUAGGACUAAAGCUACUGACCUCCAAGAGACAGGUAUAUACCUUGACUUAAUGCACCUGAGGAAGCCAGGAGGAUUUGAUAUCUCCUUGUUCUACAGGGACAUCAUUAAUACAGCAGAAGAUGAGGACUUGGGAGUCCACUUUGAUGAGUCUGGCAAGCUAGUAGACCUUAUGAAGAAAGUACGAGCAAAGGAGACAAGGAAGCGAGCCUUAGCCAGGUUGAAUUUGUAUCUGGGAAAAGAUGUGGCUCUUACUGUUGGUAUUUUCAACUUAGUCCAAAAAGCUUUCAAACAGCCUCCAGUGAAACUUUACAGAGAAACAAAUGAGCCUGUGAAAACAAAAACACGAACCUUUAACCGAGAGACAGGUAGCUUGCUUCUGCCUAGUGACACAAAGAGGGCUCAGAUCUAUGGGAACCGUCAAAUUGUGCUGGAGAAAGAGGAGGUGGAAGAAACAAAGCGAUUUGAUUCACCAGGCUUAUAUCUGAUUGGCUUCAAGCCCUUGCUAAUGCUGAAACGGCAUCAUUACAUCAGGCCAGCUCAAUUCAUCUAUCCAGAUGAGUCCUUGAUUAGUGGAAGCACAGCACUAUUCAGUGCCCUGCUAACAAAGUGUCUGGAGAAAGGAGUGAUGGCCAUAUGUAGGUACAUUCCUCGUCGAAACAUCCCUCCUAGAUUUAUAGCCCUGGUCCCUCAGGAAGAAGAACUGGAUGAGCAGAAUGUGCAGAUAUCUCCUCCAGGUUUUCAUCUAAUUUUCCUACCAUAUGCAGAUGACAAACGGAAAAUUGACUUUACAGAGAAGGUCCCAGCUAAUCAAGAACAAGUGAACAAAAUGAAGGAAAUUGUUCAGAAGCUUCGAUUCAAAUACAGGAGUGAGAGUUUUGAGAAUCCAGUUCUGCAGCAGCAUUAUAUGAACCUAGAAGCCUUGGCACUUGACUUGAUGGAACCUGAAAAACCUGAGGAUCUGACUAUGCCCAAGGUUGAGGUCAUGGAUCACAGGCUUGAUAACCUUGUGGAGGAGUUCAAGCAACUAGUGUACCCACCAGGCUAUGAUCCUGAUGGAAAAGCUACAAAGCGAAAACAAGCAGGUGGUGGUACUGAACAACCAGAAAAGAAAGUCAAGAUUGAAAUCUCUGAAGAGGAGCUGAGGAGUCAUGUUAAAAAAGGCACUUUGGGUAAACUUACUGUACCAGUUCUGAAGGAAGUAUGCAGAAUUUAUAAGCUGAUGGGGGGUGCAAAGAAGCAAGAGCUUUUAGAUGUAGUGACUGAAUAUUUCAGUAAGCACUGAGUUCUGUGCACUCAGUCAGCUGCUCAGUGUCAUCAUCUGCUCCCUAAGUCUUAGAUCUUGACAAAGGGGGAGAAAAGAUACAGGGUAUCUGUAAUCACAUCAAAAGCAUGUAGGAAUGUUUGCUGCCCCAAGAGAUUUAUAGUACUGGUUGGAAUGACUUACUGAUAGGAAAAAAAAGUUUCCUCCACUUCUGAUUAUAGGCUUCAUGACAAAUUGUGUGACUUUUCUAUAGCUUUAAUAAAUACGACUUUUUAAAAA